UUUCGAUGAAGAACUCUCGACUAGGGUCGACUGUGGCUUUCACGCGGUUAGAUAUUGCAUUCCUUUUUUUUUUUCAAAUGCGGAGAAGAGUAACGAUGAGACAGAAAACAGUAGGAAUCUUAUUCUUGUGUCAUGCUGCGUAAAAACUAGAACUGAUGGCCUUAAAACACAUGUCUGGUGAGUGGAGUUUCGCAUACACAUCCAACAUCUUGACAAUGGAGUCGCGCGCGCUAGCUUGUACUAAGAGUUAUGUCCCGUGCAGCAUUAUGGGUGAACCCGUGACUGAUGUCUGCAAACACCAGCAGGUUUCCUGAACAGAUAUGGCUGCUUCAGGCAGCCAGGUGGGGUCAGGGGACCGCCCUGUGCCUGUGGAAGAAAUCUUCAGACUACUAGAAUCCACGGAUUUAACAAUAGUAGAUGAUAUCCAUCAACUAAUUUUGGAAAACUUGUCUCAAGGUAAGGAACUCUGGCUCAUCAACACUCUUGUUGAUUACUUCUUCAGCACACGUUCACUCAAGGCACAAGCAUUACUUGCAGAAGUUCGAGAGCCACUAGAUAAGGUGCUGAUUGAAAAGAUCCAUGAUGGACUGCGUAGUGGAGACACUCGACUUCAGGCAACACAGCUUCUGCUGUUUCUUGUAAACCAGCAGCCGCCAUGGACACACAGCAUAGUGACUCGAUCUGUUUUCACCACACUUCUUAAGAUCUUAAAGUCCGAGACAGAUGUUCCCAUCCUCAUGACAAGCAUCUUGGUGCUAGUAAUUUUACUUCCUGUUGUGCCCGUCAGCAUUGAGCCACACUUAGCAGAAGUAUUGGAAGCUUUUGCACGUGUGGUAGGACUUCUUGUUAAAAAGCCAGCCAACUGCCCUGACAUCUUCAUCCUUCAUCUCCAUGUGGCUGUAUAUGGAUUUUUUCUUCGCCUGUAUGGGAUGUUCCCUUGUACGCUUGUUUCUUUCCUGCGCAUCAACUAUGCGAAAAAGGAAAAUCUUCAUGCAUACAAUGAAGUUAUUGUUCCCAUGUUAGAGAGACUGAGGUUUCAUCCUAACCUUAUCACUGGCAGCAAGGACACAGAGACAAGCAAAACAAGGUGGCAGCGACUGGAGCCCCAGGAUGUGGUGGUCAGCUGUGCAAAGAUGUGCUUGGAUGUCAUUGAGGGUGUGUGCGAAGAGCUGAGGUGUCCCCUCAUCUCAAGUGUUGUGCCUCGCCCUCUGAAGUGUCAGGAACUCUCUGGCAGAAAAGAUGUACAGGAAAAGAGCUGGCAGGAAAAGCUGGAUGCUGUGGACCACAUGUUCCCUGUAGUAGAGGACCCAACAGCCAUGGUAUUCAGCCCUUCACAGCUAAUAGGAUUGUCAACUCCACCUACAUCCGAGCGAGCUACACCAGCUAUUGUGUAUGACCAGGGUACUUCUGGGCAAACAUCAGUAGUGUUUGGUCCUCACCAUAUUGCAAUGCCGACCCCAGAGCUACCAUCAACUGAUCCAUCAGCACUCACAGAAGAGCCUGACAAGAGCCUAGCAGGGCACAACAUUAAAUCAGCUUCAGUCUACCGAAGUGGUCUCAAGGGCACACCAGGAUGCAGUGCAUUUGUCUCCCCCUUUACAGUGAGGGCUCCUCCACCCUCACAAGCCCCAAGUGUCGAUCCUUCGCCCAUGCGACCUCAAGCAGAAACCGUUGAGUCAUCCACGUUUCAGUUUUGUGAAUAUACAGCUGCACGUGUGCUGCAGUUUGACAGAUCACCAGAGUCAAGAGCAGUGGAAAGACUGAAACAUACAGAACUUGGAGACCUCACAGUACCACAGGAAGCAGGGAGACUAGGGGAACUAAGAGAGGAUCCAGAGUUGGCACUAACUGUGCCAGGUGCUGUGGCUGAGGACAUUAUUGUACCAGUUGUACAGACAUCACAAGAAUCAGUAGAUUCUCUGGAUCAAGAAGUCAGCCAUUUUACAGAAGUCGACAAACAGUUUAAUGGCAGCAUUAGUGUUGACAGCAGUACUGAUGAUACAAGCCAAGUGGACCCUCAGCAACAUCUGACAGCACAGUCCAUUAUUCAGUUUAUGAGAAAGGUAAAUCGCAUUCGUUUCAACAGCAUGAGCACCCAGGCUGGUGAGCCCUUGACAGGUCCUCAUGAAAAACAUCCACGCCCUGGUCGAGCAAGGUCGUGUCCUACUCUGCCCCGCCAGGAACCCACAGUUCCUGAGCAAGACUCUUGUCAUUUGUCCUCCUCCUCUGAUACAGGCUCCGUUGAAGCAAGCACCACAGUGGAGACUCUGUUGGAAAUAUCUGUCCCUGUGAAUGACAAAGAAGUUCAGUUUGGUGAGACUGGCAGCUUAGAAUUGCCAUUGCAGACACCGCCCCACGCCAGCAGCAGACAAAGCAGGAAUGGAAAAGAUGGCAGCCUACCAUCGCUGAACUCAAGUAAUCAGCACCAAGCAUGUGGUAGUAUGGGGGUCCCUCCAGCCAUUAAAGAGUUUGCUGCAUUCUUCCAGACUCUCCUGGCACCAGUGAAAGUGGCUGUGUGUGAGCAAUGUUAUCAGGUGUUCCUGGAGGCCGGUGUGUCUGGGGAGACAGGGCAGCAGCUGUGUGAUGGAAAACAUCAGUCUUUGGGAACAUGGCUGAGAUGCUUUUGCUCAGAAACAUCUGUUUUCUCCAGCCUAUCACCCCCAGAACUACUAGACCGACACCUCUCCCGCAGCAGUGACUUGCAUGCCAAAGAACUUGCACGCAUUCCCCUGACAAGUUGGGAUAAUGUCAGUUGGACACACUUUGGAGGUGUGCCACCAGCUGAUGAAAUCAACAUUCUGCGUGGCCAGAUCCUGCUGCUGCACAACCAGCUGAUGUAUGAGCGGCACAAACGCAACAACCACGCCAUGCGCAACCGCCGUCUCCUGCGGCGCAUAGCUCAUGCCACGACUCUGGAGGAGCAGGUACAGUCGCUGACAUCACAACUGCAAAACAGUGAGAAACACAUCCACAACCUACAAGUGUCCCUCAAGCUUCUGCAGGACAAAAAUCACCAGCUGGAGCAGAAACAGGAGUCAGACGAAUAUGAGAGAUUGUUUGCAUUUAGGACAACACUCCAACAAAAUAAAGAUUUGACCGAAGGAAACUUGGAGCUGAAAAAUUUGCUACUGGUUCAGAAAGCUGAAAAUGAUGAACUAAAAAAGGAGCUGCAACAAGUGAGGGCAGGGAUGUUUCAGCUGGAAAAGUCAAAUGAAAUUUUGCAGAAGAAACUUCAGGAGGCUCACAAGUGGCGGGAACAGGUUUUGCAGCUGCAGAAGGAGGUGCUGUUGAUGGGGGAGGCACAGGAACAUUUGCAGGAGCGUCUGCAGCAGCAGCGUGCGCAUCACUCCUCCAACAGCCCUCAAUCAUAUCUUGUGCAGGCUUUGCAGGCAGAGAUUGAAGACCUUAGAAAGCAGCUACGUCAGGCCAUACCCAUGGUAGAAGCAUUACAGGUUAAAGUUACAGCAAUGGAAGACAUAAUCAAAAGCAAAGACAUUGCCAUUGCAGAGAUGAAAAAUACUUUCCAGAACACCAAGAUUAUGUACACAAAUGAAAUUCAGGCUGUGAAUGACAAGUACCAGGCUAUGCUGCACAUCAACACCCAGCUAGAGGCUCAACUGUUGCAGCAAUAUGCAGACAAUGACCGCCUCAAGUAUCGUUUGAAGGAGCUGGACCCCAACCCAAAAGGUGUAUGGAGACGAGAGGUAAAGUCACCAAAUGCAGGAAAAGAAACAGCAGAAUUAUGGGACCGAACCAAGGUGCAAGGCGAACUCAGCAAACAGUCUUCGACAGAGGACACAAAGUCUCAGAAAGACCAGAAAGGCUCACCAUCUGCUCAGGAGAUAUCUUCAAUAUCUUUGAUGUUGUCACUUGAAAGUAGUGGCUCAUCCCCUCACAGACAGACUGCUGAGAGAUCUGCUUCAUGUGGCAGUUCUCCCCACACAUUGACGGCUCAGGACCAUGAGAGCUGUGGCAUUGAGCGGUUGGCAACAGUGCAGUCUUCACAUCAGACUCCUUGUGCCUCCCAUGAAACCCCUGUGUCAUCUUCUGUGGGAAUGACUGAAACUGAAGCUGAAGAGUUGAAGGAAAAGCUUAAUGUUCAAGCUGAUGCUACCUUGUUGUCUGGUGGCCUGUCUGUCUUUAGUUCUUCUGGUAUGUUUUUGGCAGACCCAGAAGACAGACGCUCCUUUUCUACUCACAGUGACAUCACCAGUGACAGUGGCAUUUUCAGUAAAGGAGAUCCCAUCACCUGACAUGCCAAUGUAUUAUGUGGUUAUAGAGUAGCCCCUCCACUGAUGACACUGGAUGAUGUGCCAAAAAUAUCUAAACUUCUGAUCCUGGUCUCACCUUGUCAGUAUUGAAAAAAAAUGUUUUUAAUCUGCAUUUAUUAAAUGCUUUUGGCCUAGCAUAUCACAUUAACUUACACUAUUAACAUUCAUAUUUAACAAAAAUUAGAUACUAAUGAAUACUGGUAUAAUGGUGUGGCUGUGGGGACAAUCAGUUUGUGACACAAGGUACUCUGACAAAAUGUUGUUUAACAGUUUCCUUCCAUCCUCUCCCAUCCUGAUUAAAGUAAUUUAGAAUUUUCUGAGGUGAACGAUUCUCCUUAAAGCCCAUUUGGAGGCAGAGGUGAGGUUGUGUGAAAAGAAGUAACAGACAUUUUCAAAUGAAAAGUUUAUUGUUCAAGAAAGAGUUUAUAGAGAUCAUGUGCUAAUGUCCCCUUUGUUUCUGUGUUGUAUGGCAAGGUUUUAAUGAUGGCAACAGGUAGUUUUCCUGUUGAAGAAUGUCACACUGUCUGUAAACUCUCUUAUUAAGUUUCAAUACAGAAUUAUAAUUAUUUGAGGAAAGACACCACAGAAGAGUUGAUAAAAUCUCUUAGAUGUAAAGCCCUGUGACUGUAUCAAACCUGUCUCAAUUGGACGAGUCAUUCCCUUGCAAUGAAAAUUGCAUGAAUUGUAAAGUUGCUUGUAGCUGCUGUUAACUUACACAAACACAAGCUGGUAUUUGCUAAUUUUUGUAUAUGGAACUCGGUUUCUUUGUACUGCACUUCAUAUCUGUACUCAAGUCUAGUUCUGUCAUGAAUAGACUGGCUGCUUUUGACAGCUGCAAACUUU